AUGGAAGACGUGUACAUUCUCUCAGCGCUGCGAACGCCGAUCGGCUCAUUUCAAGGCGCGCUCAAGUCGCAGACGGCUACGGACCUUGGCGCGACUGCUGCAUCUGCGGCCAUCGAGCGCGCAAAGCUCGCGCCGUCCGAUAUUGAGGAGGCGUACGUCGGCAAUGUCCUGCAGGCCAAUGUCGGCCAGGCACCCGCGCGUCAGGUCGUGCUGCGUGCCAAGUGUCCCGACACUACCGAGGCGACUACAGUGAACAAGGUGUGUGCGAGUGGCAUGAAGUCUGUCGCGCUUGCCGCGCAGCAAAUCCAGCUGGGCGUGCGCUCGAUUAUGCUCGCUGGCGGCAUGGAGAGCAUGAGCAAAGCGCCCUUCUUUUUGCCCCGCGACGGACUCUCGUUCGGUGACGCAACGGCCAAAGAUGCGAUCCUGCGCGAUGGGCUCAGCGACGCAAUGAAUCACGAGUCGAUGGGCGUCUGUGCAGAGCACAUUGCAAAAGUGCGCGACAUUUCGCGCGAAGUGCAAGAUGCGUACGCGAUUUCUUCCUAUGAGCGUGCCGCUGCGGCAUGGGAGCGCGGCGCAUUUCGUGAUGAGAUUGUGCCUGUCACGAUCCACGAUGCGCGUCGUGGCGAUACGGUCGUCGACGAGGACGAGGAGUACAAACGGCUCAAGAAAGAAAAGGUGUCGACGCUGCGCCCCGCUUUUGACAAGAAUGGGACAGUGACCGCAGCAAAUGCAAGCUCGAUCAAUGAUGGUGCUGCGGCUAUAGUGCUUGCGAGUGGGCGCAUUGUGAGCCAACGCAAUAUCGCGCCGCUUGCGCGCGUCGUCGCCACCGCCGAUGCUGCCUGCGCGCCGAUCGAUUUCCCGACCGCGCCUGCGCUGGCGAUCCCAAUUGCAUUAGAACGUGCGGGACUCUCAAAUAACCAGAUCGCCCUGUGGGAGAUCAACGAGGCGUUUGCCGUGGUCGCGAUCGCGAACACGCAAAUUCUCGAACUCGACCCGAGCAAGGUGAACACGCUCGGUGGCGCUGUCGCCCUGGGGCAUCCUAUUGGGUGCUCCGGUGCACGUAUCGUGUGUACGCUUGCACACGCCCUCAAGCCGGGCGAGUAUGGCGUCGCGGCCGUUUGCAACGGCGGCGGCGGUGCCUCGGCCAUCGUGCUCGAGCGUCUGUAA